AUGUACUGGUCGAAGUCAAGGAUGUUUUUAGGAAGAAUGGACCUCCUGCUUGUGAGCAAUCCGGAUAGAUUUCCCUCAUACAAAAUAUUACAAGAUGAGAAAAAAAAAUGCUAUCUAAAUAAUAUUAGAGUAAGUGAAACCUCGGCUGAUGUCCCCCUGCAGGCCCUUCUCAAUCAUACUGUGGAACGUCUUAUAACGGUUCAGGAAAAUGUUCUAUUAUCACUACCCAACGAGGAAUUGAGCAAACUACAUUUAAUAACAAAGUGGGGCUUCGAUGGCAGCUCAGGUCACAGUUCCUACAAGCAGGCGUUUCAUGGAUCUGAAGCCAGUGAUUCAUCUGUAUUUAUAACGACUAUCGUACCUCUUCGUUUAGUGUGUGAUCCAAAUAGCAAGAACUCAAAAAUCAUUUGGCAGAACCCUCGUCCGUCUUCCACAAGGUACUGCAGACCUUUGAAAAUUACUUUUGUUAAGGAAUCAAAGGAAAUUUCUGUAGCAGAGAAAAAUCGGGUAGAUGCCGAAAUACAGUAG